UAUUUAUAUUUAUGUUGUAUGUAUCUGUAAUGAUCUAAAGUUCAGUGCUUUAUUUGUUUCCAGGGGCUAAAUUCUAAAGUUCACUGUUUUCCCUCGACGUAUUGGAGUUCUCCAUUUUUUUUUCUUUCUUUUUUUUUGACAGAGGUUAUGCGGCGGAAGGGAAUCCGGUUUGAUUAGGGUUUCGUGCUGAUGGAAUCGAACUUCUCAGCGGCUCUUACUAUGGGUCUUGAUUGUUAUAAUGGUAAAAUUUCGCCAACUCCGAUUCCGGAUCUGGGUUUUGGUGUUCCUUCUUCAUCUGAUUUCAUUCCAUACCCUAGUUUCAUCACUGAUACACCUUCCGUUUGGGUCCCGACGCGGGAUGAGUGGUCUCCUUCAUCGGGCGACGAGACCGACUCGUCGAAUGCCCUUCUGAAUUACGUGAGCCAGAUCCUCAUGGAAGAGAGCAUCGGAGAUCAACCUUCUAUGUUCUACGAUUCCUUGGCCUUACAGCAAACCGAACAGAUGCUGCAGCAAGUGAUCAGCGAUUCACGAGCUCAAUCCUUUAUUCCCCACGGCAGUCUAGCUUCGAUGGGCAGUGAUGAUUUGUGGAGAUGCGACAGCAGUUCCAGCUUCGACGCAGGUUGUUCUGCAGAUGCUGUCGGGGUCAGUGAUCGUCCUGGUGAUUCCGAAUUCGAGUCCUGUAUAGUGUUUCCGGGAUCAACAAACAUGCUCGGUGAUGGGCUGAUCGGGAAUGAGAUUCUGGUGAGGAGUAUGUUCAGUGAUGCGGAUUCGGUUCUGCAGUUCAAUAAAGGGUUAGAAGAAGCUAAGAAGUUUCUUCCCGGCAGCGAGAAAAUGUUCCCGGCGAGGGAUAGGGAGAGAAACGAAGGAGCCUUCGGAAUGGUUCGGGUCAAGGAGGAGACUGGUUCGGAUGUAUUGAGAGUUAGGAAGACUCAGGAGUGGAAAGAAUUGGAUCUCGAGGAGGAAAGCAGGAGCUGUAAGUUAUCGGCGUCGAAUGUAGAAGAAGACGGGAAUGUGACGGAGAUGUUCGAUAAGGUUUUACUCCUCGACGCUAAAUUCGAUCCACCGACAGUCAUCGAGAGUGAAAAGGCUUCAGACGGGUCAGGAGGGCGGGGGGAGAAGCCUCGGGGUAAGAAAGAAGGGAGGAGGAAGAAGAGGAACGAGACGGUGGAUUUCCGUACGCUUCUUCUUCUAUGUGCUCAAACCAUUUCCGCGGGUGAUAAAGGGUCGGGCCUGGACUUACUUCGGCAGAUAAGGCAGAAAUCUUCGGCUAUCGGGGAUUCAUCUCAGAGGCUCGCUCACUGCUUCGCCAACGGACUCGAGGCACGCUUGCACGGGACCACCAGCUCCGUGACCCCGACGUAUUACGGUUCGUUAGCCUCAAAGAAGAAGAUGACGGCUGCAGAUAUUCUCGAAGCGUACCGAGUUUAUCUCUCGGCUUGUCCGUUCAUAACGUUGAUCUAUUUCUUCUCGAACAGGAUGAUCUUAGACGUUGCCAAAGAUGUUCCGGUUCUUCAUAUAGUCGAUUUCGGAAUUCUUUACGGUUUCCAGUGGCCGAUGUUCAUCCAGUACAUAACGAACAAAAAGUGCGGACCGUCAAAGCUACGGAUUACGGGUAUCGAGCUUCCCCAAGGCGGGUUUCGCCCGGCAGAGAAAAUACAGGAGACGGGUAGGAGAUUGGCGGAAUACUGCAAACGGUUUGGAGUCCCGUUCGAAUUCAACGCAAUUGCAUCACAGAACUGGGACACCAUCCGGAUCGAGGACCUCAAGCUCCGGCCGAACGAGACUCUCGCGGUCAACUGCGGGCUCCGUUUCAAGAACCUUCAAGACGAGACAGCGGGCGAGGAGAACUGCCCGAGAGACGCCGUUCUGAGGCUGAUCCGCAGGAUGAACCCCGACAUCUUCACCCACUCGAUCAUAAACGGAGCGUUCAACGCGCCGUUCUUCACGACGAGAUUCAAACAGGCGCUGUUCCACUACUCUGCGCUGUUCGACAUGUUCGAUUCGACGCUGCCGCGGGAGAAUCGGGAGAGGAUGAGGCUUGAGAGGGAGUUCUACGGGAGGGAGGCGAUGAACGUGAUAGCGUGCGAGGGGGCGGAGCGGGUGGAGAGGCCGGAGACGUACAAGCAGUGGCAGGUGAGGAUGGGAAGGGCAGGGUUCCGACAGAAGCCGGUGGAAGCCGAGCUGGUCGAGUGUUUCAGAAGGAAGCUCGAGAGAUGGGGUUACCACAAGGACUUUGUCGUCGACGAGGACAACAACUGGUUCCUGCAGGGCUGGAAGGGUCGGAUUCUCUAUGCCUCUUCUUGUUGGGUCCCACUUUAGAUACAUUCUUAGAUUCUUGUAUUGUAAUCUGUAUUCACACUGUUAUCAUGUUUUGGUGUGUAAUCACAAAGUUUCAGUUGGAGAAUA